AUGGUGAAGUGGAUUUGCGAAGAGGAAAAAACGUUCCAGAGGAAGACAAGGACGCUGAAGCUCAGGCCCACAAAUGAUCUGUUAGCUAAGAAUGGGAUGAUUGGUCCUGAUGAAAAAGGACGCUUCGAAAGCUACUUGCAAUGGUGGGAGGACGGUAAGAAAAGGCUCUACGUUUACGGUGACGUGGGAAACGCUGCACAUAUUAUCAUCAGACGUUUCCUUACUCUAACAGCAAAGCGAAGUCAGAUGAUUUAUCCAUCCAUUGCCAACACGGUUAUGAUCUUGGAGCAUCAACUAACAGCCUGCCUUGCUUUGUACAGCCGUUUGUCGACAGAGAACCGGUAUCCCGUGUGUCUACCAGCAAGUUAUCUGACUAUGGUGAGGUUUUGGGACAAUUGCAGGCCAGGAGCCGACAAAGGCACAUUUACCCUGUACCAAGCUGUUGAGGAGAGCUACGCGCAAGAAGCUAACAAAAUAAAACUGUUUAAAGUCGUUCGCUCUCUGUUAGACUACAUGGUGAGGCUGACAUGUGGUGAGGUGGCCUAUUCAUUUGAUGUUUUAGGGGACGCUCUUGAUUCAGAAGAGAGUCCAUCGUAUUGUGACUCUGGAGAAGGCAGAGAGAAGUUUGGUGCUCUUCUUGACCAUGAUGUGCAAUUGUGGCAAAGGAAUUUCGAUUUAUCUGGAAGAAUUCAUGCUCAGAAAAAUCUUGCGUAUCAAGGCAAACCAUCGGUUAACAAGCCGCAUCAACAGCGUGUUAGACAAAAUCCAAGAGGUGCAAGGGCCACGUGA